AUGGAGACACAAGCGGCUCAGCGUAGCGCCUACAGUUUCUUUGACAGCUACGGGUACCUAUGGAGCCCGCAGCGUCCGCAGAGAGCAGCGGAGGAGAUGGAGCGACUGCGUGGCAGCAUUGAUGCUCCUGCCACACAGGUGCUAAGCGGCAUUUCGUUUGAGGACCGCGUCGCUAUCCGGGCUCUCUUCUACAUUGUCGUUGACGACACGAACCUGCGCAACCUUCUCGACGGUCUUCUUCUGCCGCCGCCGUACGCCUUCCUUGAUCUUCAUCAGAAGCGAUGGACGCAGGAGGAUGUGCGAGCUGUGUGCAUGGUGCUGAAUCCCUCGCUUGACUGGGUCGUCGUGAAUCUGCCCUUCAACCUGGCACUGCGGCUCGGCUCCUAUGACGCGCGACUUCGGGCAGCAGCGCGGCGGCUCUCCUGGAUUUUGUCGAUCCCAUUCUCCCUGGUGGAGCGCGAGGAGAACUCGCUCGCGCAAGUGCGCAUGACAAUGAGACGCGACGCCGCCGCUGAAGAGGCUGACGUGGCACGGCAGGAGGGCGUAUUAAAGAGCAAAGAGCAACAAAAACGAAGUCUGACGCGUGCUGCGACUAUCGGCGGCUUUUCUGUCCUUGGCGGCGUCGCCCUUCUCGUGACGGGCGGACUGGCCGCACCAGUUGUGGGUCCUGCGUACGCCGCACUCGUGACUGCCACUACAACGACUCUGGGUGUGAUCGGGGCGGUGGGUGGUGCCGUGCUCGGCACUGGGGCCUUGGCAACCAUCUUUUCGACCAUCGUCGGCGCCGCUACCCACGCCGCCGCUCUCGCCUCCGUUGUUACACCGGUGUUGACGGCCGCCAAUAUGACCGCCAUCUUCGGCGUGACAGGGGCAUCGCUAGGCGGCUACAAAGCGUUUCGCCGCACGAUGGACUCUGAUAUUUUCAUGCUACGCUCCGUGGACGAGGUCGAGACGUUUGAAACGGCGGCGGCACCGGCAGUGGCGGUGGUGACGACAGCGGAAGAAGAGGCUGAUCUCAACAAGGAGGUGGUGCACCGCCUUGCGUGCUCGCAUCAGACGGUGAAGAAAGGCAGCAGUACUACCGGCAUGUCCUGGGACUUCUCCUCGGUACUCGAGGACGACUCGAAACCCGGCAUCGUCGUCCCGUUGCACACGAGGAUGAUCGCCAUGUCACACGUCAGAAAUCUGUCGCCGGUGCAGAAGCGUCGCCGCCACGUCGUCUUCGCUGUGGAGAACAACCUCGACGGCUGUCAACUGCGUCUCAAAGCUAUCAAGCUGAUUUCUGGCGUCUGGGCAAUGGCUCCGCCGGCCUUCAUUGCGCCGGCACGGGCGGGUGUGUUCGCAUGCGUGAAUCGGUUUGCGCACCCCACCGGCGCCGGCUUCAUCGUCUGCUACGUGACCACGCCGUUGCCUGGCACCGCGAAACGGACGUCGCUGCGGAUUUGGGUGCGUGCUGGACGUGACUUCUUCGGCGUCUGGGCGCUGUGCGCGGCGUGCGAGAAGGCCGAUCUCGAGUUCGACCCGACAGUGGCCGAGAACUGGAUGGAGGAGCACCUGGGCAGCUCCGACUUUACGCGCCGCCAGCAGGGAGUGGCGCUUGAGAUGCAUGUGGAGCCGUACACGUACCUAAAACUGUACCCAGCGAGCGCCAGAGACGCGCUGCGGGCGCGCAAAGUGACGUUCCCGAAGGGGGAGUUGCCUCAGCGGCAGCUCGAGUACGGGCAUGACGUGAAGCAGCGGCGGAAGGUCGGUGUGUCGCUCGUGAACCGCUCCUCGCACGACGUCUUUACGCGCGACAUGGGCGUGUUAAACGGCGUGCAGUGGCCCGAGACGCCCUCGCCGGUCGGCGUGUACCCUGCUGAGGCGUCGCUGACGUACUUCACCAAUAGCGAGUGGAGCCUUGCAGGGGCGGAGGGGUACUACAUUGUAGAGGUGGUGAACCGAAACAGCAAGCCUAUCACGCCGCGCUUCUAUGUUCGAGUGCAGUUCGCGGUCAGCUCUCUCAACAGCGUGAAUGUGGCCUUUGCCUCCGCUUACAACCUUUCGGAGCUGACGCGCCAGUCCUUGACUCCCGCCGCGCCAAGCAGUGCACAGUUUUCGGUGGAUCUGCCGCCGGGGCUUUUCUUCUCUCUCACUUGCGUCGUCGACGUCGCGCACUUUUCGGUGCAGCUUGUGUUCCAGGACUUUGUGGAGCGGCUCGGUUGCGCAGGCGCGCCGGGCACGGAGAUGAUGACGCUCGCUAUCGGGGUGAGUGGCUACUCAGCCAUCUUCGACCCACGUCGACCGGUGCGAGAUCAACAGGUGGGUCUGUGGCAGUCGGUGCUGCGCCGUAGCGAGCUGCUCCGGUCAACGGAGUCGUACGUGCUGCAAUGGGAGGACAACUUCCUCGUGAAGUUUGGGGAGACGAUUCAUGUGAACCUGGAAAUUGCUGACAAGUUGAUGAUGAAGGCUGUGGGCACCGCGACGGAGAAAACGCUCAUGCAAGGCGCCAUCUUUACCGGCUUCCACGCCUUGUCGUCUCUUAUGGGCGCCUUUAAGCUGCCGCUUUUUGCUUUGUGGGCGACUGGCGUGAUCGACAACACCUUCGCGACGCUGUCGAACCGUUCUGCUUACACCGGCAAGGACUUGGCAGUCGCGUUGCUCGACAAGCAGCGCGGCAACCGCCCGGUGACGUUGGUCGGCUUCAGCUUCGGUUCUCUCGUGAUUGUAGAGUGCCUGCGAGAGCUGGAGAGGGUGGAGGCCUACGGUGUAGUUGAAAAUGUCUACCUGCUGGGCUGCACGUGCAGCUCCGACCCUAGGCUGUGGCGUUGUCUGCGCCGAGUCGUCGCGGGACGCCUCGUCAACGUCUACACACGCGAGGACUGGACGCUUUGGAUGAUGUACCGGCUGAAUAAGACCGACCUGAAACCGAUGGCCGGCAUCAACCCCAUCAACGUACCCGGCGUCGAGAACGUGGAUGUGACGCCGCUAGUCUCUGCGCACGGGGACUUCGCGGUGAAUCUGCUGCCGGUGCUGGAUGCUAUUCCACCCGAACCCACCGCGAUAACAUGGAGCCCGCGACAGCACCACGGGUCGCCGGGCGUGACGGUGCCUGUGAGGAAGUGCCGCAAGACGGUGGCGGCGGUCUGCAAGUCACUUCACUCGUACAUGACGGCCACAAACUACGUUGCCUUGGGGGUGAAAAACUGCGUCGUCUCUGACAUUCCACACUAUGAGCCGCAGGUGGAGUUACUCGCGGUGCAGGUCUACGGCUGCUUCUUCGACUUUAUGCCACCGCCGCUGACGGGCACCGGAAUGGCCUCCGUGGCGGGUUUAUUAGGGGACACCGAAAGGCCGAUGGGUGUCGUUGUUGCGUAUCGGAUGCGACUACCCGCGUCGUCGCCGCGAGACCUGCUGGUCGCGCUGUACCUCUGCAGCAGCGCAAAAAGGGAUUUGCAGGUGUGCGCGCAGCUGAACCUGGUGGAGCGGUGGUCUUCCGAUACAGAGACGGAGGGGCAGGCGUACCAGCGGCUCUGCACCAUCACUGCGGAGACGUGCCAAACGCUCGACGAUGUCAAGCGAAUGUGCUGCACCCACGGUGGCGAGUGGAAACUGAGCGGCGGCGCAGCACACCGACAGUCGAUUCUGGUGCCCGUUCCAAACACGUUCGAUGAUGCCCACGAAACGGCGAUCGUUCGGCUCGUGCUGGAGCGCCUGGACAGCGCCGGUGUUACGGCGACGUGGCUCGGGCUGCUGACCAGGGCAAGCACCAGGCUGCAGCAAGAGACAUUCGAUGAGGCACAGUUCCAGGCUGCCAUGGCCGCCAUCAACACUCGCCACCCACAUCACCAUGGCGACAGCAAUGGGAUGCAGUUGCCCGUGGUGGCCGAGACGUGCAGCACUGACAACCUGCAAGAGCGACUGCACUCCCUCGCGGCGCAGCUGCAGGAUCCUGCCAAGUACCCAUCUAACACGGCACCAUUUGUCCUCGUCAACUGCGGACUGUCGCCGCUUUACUUUUCGGAAGCCUUCCAUAACGCCGCCAAAGUCGCCGCGGUGCCGGACGUGCCGUCCUGUAUAUGGACGAUGCCGCAGUGGAUGCGGUUACCGCCGCCGGAGAUUCCACCCAGAUCGUUCGCUGUCGCGUUGCUGACGGUGCACGACGCUGAGCCUGGGGCGCACCCCACCGCGCUGCCGGUGCGGUACGAGACAACCAAUGGCCAAUGCGCGUUUGACGUAGAGUUUUCUGACAGAAUAUUCACCAACGGCGGGGCCCAAGGAGACGCCAACCUGGCAGUUGCUGUGCAUUGUACUCCAGUGGAAGGAAGACCUUACCUUGGUGACAUUACUCUUUCCACCACGACAAUCCAAACAACGCCAUUCAUCAUCAUCAUGAUGGUGCCUCGCACCGCCACGGAGGCCGCCGGAGACGCAGAGGAUACUCAAGACACAGCCGAAUCUCGCUUGCGUGCGCACGGCUGGUAUGUCAUGUAG